AUUCUAGUUUCGUUUCUGGCAGUUGAGCAGAGGACGCAGGGGCUCAAAGUUCGGUGCUGUUCUCCGUAAAGCAAAACGACGAGUUACUGAAAACGCAGCUGCUUCUUUCCCCCGCCGAAAGGACCAAACAGCAGACAUGAGACUCAGAUCCGCGCGCUUCAUAGUGGCUGUCCUCGCGCUGGCGACAGCUCUCACUUUUGCUGAGAAAGAUGCUAGACCCUCUAAACCAAUUGCCAGCAUGCUGCCUCCUGCUCCGUUUCCCUUACCAACCACCACUCCAAAAACAACAACUCCUCAUACCAACAUCACUACUCUUCCUCCAACUACCCCGACUACAACCACCAAUGUAACGACUCCAUCUUCAACUACCGCCAAUGCCACAACCCACAAUAUAACUACUCCUUCUCCGACUACCCACAAUAUAACUACUCCUUCUCCGACUACCCACAAUAUAACUACUCCUUCUCCGACUACCCACAAUAUAACUACUCCUUCUCCGACUACCCACAAUAUAACUAGUUCCACCCCUAAUGUAACUACUGCUGGUCCACACCCAACCACACCUGGACCGACACCACCAACCAACAUCACCGUGGGCAACUACACCUUGAAGGAUGGAAAGAAGCUGUGUGUGAUGGUCCAGGCGGCAAUUCAGAUCCGUGUCAACAACAGUCAGAUGGAAGGCACCUAUAUUGUUCCAGGUGGUGAGCACCCCAAUGAUGGCAAAUGUGACGACAAUACUGCCAGUCUUAAAAUAAGUGUAAAAGAAGGAAGCAUCUCUCUGACCUUCUUCAAGAAUGACACUUCAAAUGUGGUCUUUGUCAAGGCUGUGGCUGUUAAUCUCACCUAUGCCUUCAAGCCUGGAGUUUCACAUUCUUUGUUGAAGAAGAACGAAUCUGUGCAGCUUUUCAGCAUGGCAAUAAGUCACUCCUAUUCCUGCAAGUCUGAGUCAGUCUUUUUGGGUGACGGUGCCUUCUUGGAAUUCCAUCAAGAAAGGAUGCAGGCAUUUAACUUUACCAACAACCAGUUUGGUACCCUUGACCUGUGCAAGGCAGACCAGCCAGACUACCGAGUGGCCAUUGGCGUAGGUGUGGUGCUGCUCAUCCUCAUCAUCAUCGUAGUUGUGGCUUAUCUCAUCAGUAGGAGAAGGAGAACAGAUGGCUACCAGGCUCUUUGAUAGAGAGGAUCCAAACAGAGCAAUCCAUCAAGGGACAUCAUCUUCAUCAUCUGCGCAGGUUAAAUCUAGGUUGAUGCACUUAGAUGAGUUUAUGGAGCAUAUCUUGUUUUGGAUUAGUUUUUUCCCUUUCAAGGUUUGCUCCAUAAAAAAUGACAUUUAAUCCAGGCAUUAACUAUUCUCCUUUUGUAUGUUGCACAACUAAAGGUGAGAGGAUUUUGGAGAUCAAAUACAUAUUGUAAUAGCAAUUUAAACAAAUUCAACAAAGCUUAGUUUCAUUUUGCACAUUGCUGUCACAGAAUUGUCUUGUCAGCCUUGGAAUACGAGUUAAUACUUUUGUGCUUUCUUUGCUUUGCUCAAAUUACUUAAAUUGUGUCUGUGCCCAGCGGUUUGGUCAAGAUGAAACAUUAUUAAGUUCACUGUCUCCCAACUAAACAGUCCUUAAUCUGGUACUUAUGAUUAUUACAGUGACCGCUGGAUCUUAAACAUUCUAAUUAGCAUGUGUGUAGUACAGAUGUCAAAAAGCAGCUAUUAAAUUCUAUGGAGUACUACAGCUAAAUUUUUUUUUUUUUUUUUUUUUUUUUUAAUAAACCUGUUCCCCUUGACCAUAAUGGGGUUCAUCCUAGUUCACCCUGCAAGAUCGGAUGCACUAGCUGUUAAAAAUAACCUCAUUAACCAAAGAAAUUUCCCAUUAGUAUUCUGAUUUUCUAAAAAAAAAAAAAAAAAAGACAAUUUAAUACUUUGUGCUAUUUUAAAACAACUUAUGAAAUAUUGAGUAUUUUCUGACAUACUUCUAAACUCCUAUGCACUGAAUUUAGAAUUAAGGUUAUAAGGGAAGGUUUUGAUGCUUGUAUGUACAUUAAAAAUUGUUUGCUGUCUUGAUCAAACAUGUUUUCAGCAUAAUGAUUCUCUAUGUAAGGCCAUAAGUUGGACCAAAAUGAUUUUAGAGAUUUAUUGUAUAAUAAAAUAAAUAUGGACUGGAGGGGAGAUGUUGGUACAAAACCGACAUCACCAUAGUUUUAUAUAUUAAACUGAAUGGUGAUCUCUAGUAUUGUGAGCAAAUUGUGAUUGUACUUUGAAAGCUGACAGGUUGAAAUUUUCCCAUUGGUUGGCAAUGUAUCUCUGUUUUGAAUCUUGGAUUUUUCAGGAAUGGACAGCAGCUCAUGAAAAAUAAAGGGAAUUUUCUGUGAA